AUCGAAUAACAAAUCAAUGUUGUUGACGAGUUCAGAAGAGAGAUUUCGGGGACCAAAUCAAAUGUAAAUUUAGUCCUCGAUUCUCUACGCGUUUCAGCUUUAGUCUUCUCUAGAUAUAAAUCUCCUAUCUCUCGGUAAGUUGCCUUUUUUUACCUUAGAUAAAAAUGGCGCAAAAAUCCUCAUUGAUCUACAGUUUCGUGGCUCGAGGCACGGUAAUCCUCGUGGAGUUGACAGAUUUCAAAAGCCAUCUCACAUCCAUCGCUGCACACUACCUUCAAAAGCUUCCUUCCUCAGACAACAAGUUAACCUACAUCUGUGAUGGUCAUACCUUCAGUUACCUCGUUGAAAAUGGUUUCACCUAUUGUGUUGUUGCAGUUGAUUCUGAUGGGUGGCAGAUUCGUAUGGCCUUCUUGGAACGAGUGAAGGAGGAUUUCAACAAGAGAUAUGGUGGUGGAAAGGCUGCUACUGCUCAAGCAAACAGCUUGAAUAAAGAAUUUGGGUCAAUACUCAAAGAGCACAUGCAGUAUUGUAUGGAUCAUCCUGAUGAGAUUAGCAAGCUUGCUAAGAUGAACGCUCAACAGUCUGAAGUUAAAGAUGCCAUGAUAAAAGCAAUUAAUGAGAUUCUUAGCCGUGGGACAGCUUGUACUUUCGGUUGCAGCUCAGAGCAAGAGGUUUUCAUGAGACCAAGGAGAAGAAAGAUGCGGUUUCAAGACAUGGAGAUGAAAGUAAUUGUUCUUGCAAUCAUCAUUGCUUUGAUUCUCAUCAUCACCCUCUCAGUCUGUGGUGGCUUCAACUCUGGCAAAUAAGUCUGUGAACAUUUCUUUCUGGUCGUGCUGCUUUUGCUAUGUUUCUCUGCUUAGAUUGUAAGUCUUGAAAUUGGUUUUUGUAUAUAUAUAUAUA